AUGACUCCGUUGGAAGCCUACAAUUCUCGUGUGGCCUCGGGCCGGUUGCGUGACGACCCGUACCAGCGUCGUAUCAUAGGCAACCUCCUGUCGUUGCACGAGAAGUUGGUCCAGUAUACCCCUCCCAGCGUGCGGGUGCCGUCGAUCGAGGAGUUGGUGCCCAAGACUGGGAUUUCUCUGCUUUUCCAGUCGCUCUUUCGUCCCAAGACUGAGACCGUUGCCGAGCCUGAAUCCACGCCUCAGGGCAUCUACCUCUACGGGGAUGUGGGCUGUGGCAAAACCAUGUUGAUGGACUUGUUCUACGCUACCAUUCCCCUGCACUUGCCCAAAAAAAGGGUCCAUUUCCACCAAUUCAUGCAGCAUCUCCACAAGCGGUCCCACCAGCUCAAAAUGGAGCACAACCACUACGAUCUCGACGUGAUUCCGUUCUUGGCCGCAGAAAUCGCCCAAGAUUCCACCAUCUUGUGUUUCGACGAAUUCCAGGUCACAGACGUGGCCGAUGCUAUGUUGUUGCGUCGGCUCUUGACCAUGCUCUUGUCGCCUGAAUACGGGGUCAUUCUCUUCGCCACCUCAAACAGGGCACCUGACGACUUGUACUUGAACGGAAUCCAGCGGGUGUCAUUCAUUCCGUGCAUCCAGCAGAUCAAACGACAGACACGAGUGAUUUAUUUGAAUUCACCAACAGACUACCGUAAGAUCCCCAAGCCCAUGAGCAACGUGUAUCACUACCCCAAGCCCGGGGUCAAGUGGACCUCCAAGACCAACCAGACCAAGUGCAGGGACCAUGUCGAGGCGUGGUUUGGCUACUUCAACGCAGCGAACCCGCUGGAAAACGUGCUUACUGACCACACUCUCCAGGUUUGGGGUCGUCAGUUGAAGGUGCCACGGUGUGCUCCUCCCUACGUUGCCCAGUUCAACUUUGAAGAAUUGUGUGGCAGUCCCUUGGCAGCCGGAGACUACCUCACGUUGGCCAACUCUUUCCAGUCGUUCAUCAUUACUGACAUUCCAUAUCUCAGCAUCGAGGUCCGUGACAAGGUGAGGCGGUUCAUCACGUUCUUAGAUGCUGUGUACGACGACCACGGACGGUUGGCAGUGACGGCAGCAGCCCUGUUCAACGACUUGUUCGUGGAGCCUGAAGACUUGCAACGAGGCAACUACCAGUUGUACAAACGCCAGCAAGACAAGGGUAGCGUGGAGACGUUCGAGGACGACGAGUUGGUGGUCAAGCACGGCUUCGACAAGCUGGUGGCCAAGAAGGCAUCGAUGUUUGCCAACGACGAGGAGAAGUUUGCGUUUGCGCGUGCGUUGUCACGGUUGUCGCAGAUGAGCACCACCGACUGGAUCGACACCGUGCGGCCCGUGCACGAGGAUGUGGCACCUGCGGGGGCCAGACAGUAG